UGCAAGGCAAAUCAGAUCGAGGGCUGCUGUAAAAUCAGAGGUUCUGUUUCUUCUCACGCCCCUCCUCUACAUUGCAUACCUCAGCAAGAGGCUAUCGAGAGCAGACGCUACCACGAAUCCACUCAUACAGCGCGUUUAACACGUUAGCACUGUGAAGCCAACAUUUGUUGCUAUUGCUUUGUAAUACUAAAACAUUUGCGCAAUGUCAAGCGUAAAACAACGAAAUAAAAACAAUGCACAAGAAAGGGCAUUUCAUUCAUCCUCUGAUGACGUGGCAAAGAAGAGUUCCAAGGGUAGCAAAGGAGGCUCAACUAACACAGGCUCGGGAAUCCUGGGCAAAGUUUUUACUAUUGCGCUUUAUUUGGCUCUGAUAUCUGCAGCUGGGUUUGCAGGGUACUACCUGCAAAUAGUAAUGGAACAAGUGAGCGAGAUAAACAGCAGAAAUGAGGAACGCUCUGCACAAGCCAUGGAGCUGGUCAAGAGAGUGGAAACUGCCCUGCAGCAGGUGGAUUUGCUGAAGAUCACUGUCAGAAACUUUGACAUCUCUUUAAAAGACACCAAUAAAGAACUGGAAAGCACAAACAAAGCUGUCAGAAAAGGAGAAACAGAAACACGUCGCAUUGAAGAAGUUCUUCAUAAACUCCAAAAUGAGAUCCUCCAAGACCUAUCCGAUGGCAUUCGAGAUGUUAGAGAAGCCAGGGAGCGGGAUUUCUCAUCCCUUGAGCAAACAGUAGAAGAAAGAUUAACAGAGUUAACAAAGUCAAUAAACGAUAAUGUUUCAGUGUUUACAGAAGUGCAGGGUGUUACACAGAAUGAAUUACAAACCAUCAAGUCAAAAAUCGAUGCAGUGGAAGAUUUAGGUCUCCUUAAGGGUGAGCUGCUGGCAAUUACAACUGCAGUGGCAGACUUAAGCACAGCCACUGAAGUCAAACAGGAGGCAAUCGAAUCCUUGAAGAAUCAGGUAAGUUCUCUACAAUCAGAAGUUCAAACUAGAAACCAAGAGGUUGCAUCUACAGUUCAGGAGUUUGAGGAGCUUCAGGAGACAGUGCAGAGAACUGGAAGUUCUCUAAGAGAGCUUGUUUCUGAAGCAGAAACCUCUAUCAAGUUUGUAUCUGGAGAGGUUCAAGAACUGCAGGAAGGUCUCCAGCAGGUUAAAGCGAGCAUCAACGAGCAGGAGCAAAAUCUACUGGCCAUGGCAACGUCUGGAGAGAAAACAGAGAGUUUGGAGUCCAGGUUAAAGGCUGUAGAAGAAAACACAGAGACCCUCAUUGCAUCAGCUAGCGAGCAGUCAGACAGCAUGGAAUCCAUUUUUUCCAAGUAUGACGCCCACAAAAGCAUCUUAUCUGCUUUAGAGAGGGAUAUUGAAAGCAUCAAGUCAUCUGUCUCCAAGAGAGAUGACUUGGACUUGCAGAGUGCUGUGCAGAAAGUAACAGAUGCACAAGAGUCCUUCAUCAGCGAUAUUGAAAUGUUGAAGAACAAUCUGAGUGAACUUCAAAUAGCAGCUGAAACUGCAGAGAUCACCCAGAAUGAGAUCUUUGAGAUCUUGGAUAAGAGUCAGAAGCAACAAAUACAGGAACACGAACUAAGGCUAGCAAAAGUUGAAGACACCCUUAAAACCCAGAUGACAGAGGAAGGUGAUCAGACAGUGCAAGCCAGUAUUAAUGGCUUGAAGUCUUCUUUUAGCCAGGCACAGAAUGAUCUCCAAAUGCUGAGAACUGCGGUUGACAGUUUGGUGGCCUACUCAGUAAAGAUUGAAACUAAUGAGCAGGAAUUAGUGUCUCUAAAGAAUCUGAUGGAUGAAAUGAACAGUGCUAUGGAUACACUGUCCAAAGAAUUAGAAACUGUCCAGGGGAGAAUUUAAUGAACCCCGUACAACAUUUGACAGCAAAUAUAUUUACAAUAGGAUUAGAUGAAAUAGACUAUUAGUGUUUAAAUUGUGAUAAACCAUUCAACAGCACUGUAGGGUAUUUUUUAAAAUAAACUUGGAAGGUUCUUGUUUUGUGCAUAAAAAUAGAAAUGAAUGAAAAUAAUUUGUUUGUUUUUUUCUAAUGAUGUGAUAUUGCUGUUUGUGUUCCCACAUUUUUCUAUCAAAAUAAAAUUUUUAAAAACUUUU